AUGGGCGAUUACUGCGGUGGCACAUUCCAGGGACUGCAGGCGAAGCUGGACUACAUCCGGGGCAUGGGAUUUGAUGCCAUCUGGAACCAUCUGGAUCACCCCAGUGGUGGCCAGUACGCAGAGCCAACGCUCAAGAGGGGGGAAAAAAAAACCACUGACAUUUCAACAGAUACCGCCGGCGGCUAUCACGGACACUGGGCUCAGGACCUCUACUCCAUCAACGCCAAGUACGGCAGCGCAGACGACUUGAAGAACCUCGUCAAUACCGCCCACGAAAGGCAAAUGUACGUCAUGGUGGACGUAGUCGCAAACCACAUGGGCCCGUCUGCCCUCCCCUCCUCAACCAAGGCUCGUCAUAUCACGCCCCCUGCCAAAUCGACUACUCGAACCAGACGUCCGUCGAGAACUGCCAAAUAUAUGUACGGAUUCAUCGCCAAGGUGCUGGAUGUCAAGAAGUCGGCAGGCGGCCUGGCAGGCGAUGACCACGCCCAUCUGUUUGUGGACUCGACGGCGUACGCGUGA